GCAAAGAGGAGCAAAGAGGAGCAAUCAGGAGCAGCGAGGAGCAGCGUCGCUGUGGGUGAUGCGCAGCAGCCCGAAUGAAGGAGUGGUUAUUUUGUUAGCUUGCCCGGCUCAACAUGGUCUAGCUCGCCAGUUGUCUCCAGGUUAUCUGCUCGCUGUUCAGCCGUUUACUGCUCUGACAUUGUGGAAUUCAUUAGCGGCUAGCCGUUAGCAGCCGACCAGCGCUAACUCACUAGCAAUCAGCUAGCAGGUUACCGUUGAAAUCAGGACCUCACAACAACAGUUGAGACUCCUACAAAUAUCAAAAGAGUGGCCGUCCUGACUGGCUAUGGAGUGGUGUUGGCUUCAGACUGGAUGACAGUGUCUACAGGGCGGACAGGGUCACACAGAUUCUAAAGCAGCAGAACGCUCUUACUAGAUGUGCACUGACUGGAAGUGACAGCGCGUUUGCAGCAGACCUCCUUCCCCUCUUUAUCUCUCUUCGGAUACGCUUUCCCCUCCCCUUCUCCCCCUCUUCUCCCCAUCUCCCUCCUCCUCCUCCUUUCCACAUCUUUUCCUUUUCUUCCCUUAAUUUCUUUUUGGCUUCUGUUGCUUUUAUAUUCUGCCCUUUUCUUUCUCCUUUUUACUGGUACUCCUUCUCUUGUCUUUGAGUUCUUGUAACCUUUGACCUGCCUCUCACUGGGUCCAGUAUGAGCUGGCUGAGCAGGUUGAACCCGCGGGGCCCUGGGAGUCGGUCCGGCAGGAGCGCCGUCCCCUCCAGCCCCUGCACUGCUGACCCAGAGACCUGCCUCAUGGUUUUUGAGAACCACUGGAGACAGGUAUCUUGGGUGUUGGAGCAGCAGGAACCCUCUUCCUCCAGCGAUGAUCUGACCGCAGUGAGGAAUCACACCGACCAGAUGUUGUGUCUGCUUGCAGAGGAGCGGCCUGCUGAGAGCCCAGAGGGAAGCGUCGGUGUGGCACCUAUGGGCCCCAUACUGGAGCUGGUGGUCACUGAGAAUAUUCUAGAGCACCUGGUUCAGUGGCACCUCCGCCGCGGCCUGGACCCCGACAGCCAGGGGGCGCUGCUUAAGCUGUUUGAGAUGCUCAUCGGUCAGUCCCAGCAGCCUCUGCUGCAGCACACAGCCGUCCUCCACCCCCUGCUGAGGCUGCUGGGAGCCUGCGCUGAUCCAGAACUCGGUUGUCCUCCAGCCCUUGAAAACAGCCUGGUACUCCUGCUCAACCAGAUCUGUGUGUCCAUGGCCCGGCAGCCGGUUGUUCUAGAGAUGUUGUUCCGAGCAGCACCGGCUCAGCAGGGCUCCACCAACCUGCUCAUCUUCUCCCUCCUCGUGCCGUUUAUCCACCGGGACGGAGCCAUCGGACAGCAGGCCAGAGAUGCACUGCUACUCGUCAUGGCGACCUCAGCCAACCACGAGGCCGUGGCACGUUACAUUGCUGAAAACUCUUACUUCUGCCCGGUGUUGGCUACGGGCCUCAGUGCUCUCUACUCCUCCCUGCCCAGAAAGAUUGAGGUGCGAGGAGACGACUGGCAUGCCCUGCGGCGGGAGGACUGGAUGGUUGUGUCAUCGCUUGUGUUGUUCAUGAACUCUCUGGAGUUCUGCAACGCUGUGGUGCAGGUCGCUCAUCCCUUGGUCCGCUCCCAGCUCCUGGACUACCUCCAUAACGGCUUCCUUGUACCUGUCAUGGGCCCUGCACUGCACAAGUCGUCGGUGGACGAGAUGAUUGCCAGCACCGCCUACCUGGACCUUUUCCUGCGCAGUGUGUCGGAGACAUCCCUCCUUAAAACCUUCCUGCGCUUCAUCCUGCUGCAUCGCCACGACAACGACACAAUCCUGGAAACACUGCUCACACGCAUAAGCAGCAAUUCAAGGCUCUGCAUGGUAUCAUUGAGCCUCUUUAGGACUCUUCUGUCACUGAACUGUGAAGACGUCAUGCUGCAGCUCGUUCUCAGGUAUCUACUGCCCUGUACACAUGUAAUGCUGAGUCAGCGUCGUGCUAUCAGGGAGACUGACCUGUACGGAAAGUCUGCAAAUAAGUUCCUGUCGCUGAUCCCCGAGUGCUGCCGGAUGAAUGCAUCAUCCUCUGCUGAGCGGGACGAGGACAGUGCAUUCUGGGGCAAAGUAUUGAACAGUCCCACCACAGAGUCUCCAGCUCCUCCCAGACCCAGCACUCCAUCCCGCUUAGCCUUUUUCAUCCGCCAAUCGAGCAGUGGGGGUGGAUCAGGAGGAGGGGGUCCCUCUACCCCCACCAGCAUGGAGCCGCUGCAGUCGGGUCCUUCCAGUUCCCACCCUCUGUCCCCUGACAGCCCGAUGCACCAGCAGCAGACUAACACAGAGUGUCUGGACUGGGAUUCGGGUUACCUGGAGUACCUCAAAGACGCCCGGCGGGGCAUCGAGAUUUGCUCCUGGGCCUGCCGAAACUGGUCGGCGCCCUAUGAUGGAGAAAACCCCUCCCCGAACUCGGCACCUCCACCCCCGCCUCCCCCUACCUCCAACCCCUCCAUGGCUAUGUUCCCUGAGCACUUUUCUUUGCAGCAGGGAGGAAGCAGUAACACCCCUCCAGGCCAGCAGAGGGCGGCCAUUGUAGCUGCAGCACGAUCCGAGUGGAGCAGCUCAGAGCGGGACAGUGGCGAGUGGGACGUUACGAUCGGCAAAAACAACUGCAUCAGCCUUACACCGCGGUCGAAGAAACGCAGCCUGCAGAGAGAGGAGCUCCUGCCAAAGCCUGUACCUCAACUGGUCCCCUCUUCUUCCUCUUUGUCUUCAGCCACCCCUUUGUCAACUUCCCACCCCACGUCGUCCCCAGCGCCUCAUAAUCCCACCUCUGCCAUCGCUGUUAGCUACCAGGCCAUGUAUAACGGAACCACGGGGCAGGGGGACGGGUGCUCAGACAAUCGCGACAGAGGACUGGAGGUAAAGAAGGUGAAGAGAGACUUAGGGGAGCAGCAGCAGUAUUUGGAUGAAAAUGCAAAUCAAAAUGGAUCUCUUGUCACCUGCCCCUCCCAAAGCUGCACCGCUCUCCCACAGUCCAUUUUUAGCAACAGUGAAAUGAGUGAUGCAGAAUCACUUUGCACUAACCAGAUUGCCUCUCAGAGCCCCGUCACCCAGCCGACAUCUGACACCAAACUGCUGACCAGUGACACCUCAAACACACACAGUGCAUCCUCAGAUCUUCCAGAAGCCAACCAGACGCAACAAUCUGUAGAGAGUCUUAUCAAGGAGCUGCUAGAGCAGGCGCCAGGAGAGCCACAGCUCCCCGGAGACUCCAACGGUCAGGGCAUCAGCAUAGAGGCCUUCACGCAGGAGCUGAGGGAGCUGGAGGACCGGGUGAAGGAGCGCAGCCGAGCAGCUUGUCAGCAGGAGGAAACUGCCAGAGAGUCCCUGUCCUCUGAGCGGCAGGAGGAGGAGCAACAGCCGUCCUCGGCCCUCGAGGUGAAGCCGACGGGUGACACAAAGGGAGACGGCCCUGUGAUCGGCCUCUGCAGUCCUGCUAGACCACUCAAUCAGCCUGCCUCUCAGCCGUACACAGGUCCGUUCAUGGUGGUUCUGUUUGCCAAGCUGGAGAACAUGCUCCAGAACUCGCUGUACGUCAACAUCCUGCUCACGGGCAUCGUGGCCCAGCUGGCCUGCUAUCCUCAGCCGCUCCUACGCUCCUUCCUGCUCAACACCAACAUGGUCUUCCAGCCCAGCGUCAAGUCACUGAUCCAGGUUCUCGGUUCUGUGAAGAACCGUAUCGAGGCGUUUGCAGCCUCUCACGAAGACUUCCCGGCCAUGCUGAAGAAAGCCCAGCAGUACCUGGUGGCCCGAGGCAAAGUGGACUGGGCUGACUGUCCUGCGGGAGUUCCUACCCUGAGGCGCUCUGAUUCCCUAGUGAAAAGUCGUAAGCCAUCUCUCGGAGACCUGAUCCUUCGCCACACCAACAGCCCGACCCGUGCUCGACACGCCGCCCAGCUGGCCCUCGCACACGUGCGGGACGGUGGCCAAUCCCUGCACAGCGCUCUGUUCAGAGGCGGUGGAGGCGGAGGGGGAUCCGGCCUGGAGAAGCAAGCCGAGGCACUACGGGUGAAGAACGCCGUCUACUGCGCCGUUAUCUUCUGUGAGUUCCUCAAGGAGCUGGCUGCCCUGGCUCAGGAGCAUGCUGUCUCUCUGCCUUUUCCUCACAGCCAGGAGGCAGAGGAAUAGACAGUGAACUCCUCAAAUCUAGCUCUAAGCCUCCAUUUCUUUUUGAUUAGGCUAUAAAAAGAGUUAUAUAGGAUUCUCCCGUCACCAGAAGACUUUUCUGCCACUGAAGUGGGUUGUCUGCAACGAUACAGACAAAAAGCAGGAUGAAAACAGAGGCAUUUUUGUACCAAAAUCGUUAAAAGAUACCUAUAUGACUGGAAGAAUUUUCCUUAUCUGUAAACUUACAAUAUUGUGCAUAUCAUGUAUUAUAUUUACAUUCUAUACACAGAAAAUCUCAGUAAAUUCUUGAGAAUAGGAGCUUGUACAUACACAUACCAUACCAUGGUAUAAUGUGACACAGUAAAG